GUAAUAUUACUAAAACACUCACCAAAUUUUCGCUAAAAAUAAAUAGAUAAAUAAAUAAAAUUGCUUUCUGAUUUGAAUUGAUCUAUGUCCGGAGCCCCUCCAGAUUUGAAUUCUCCACUGCAUUAUUCAUCACAUAUUACUGGUAUAGUGAAUUCGCUUUUGAUUGAGCUGGCUCUGCAGAAAGCAGAAAAAGGCGACCUGUAGAAUUGCAUUUGUUGUGUAAGAAGAACGAUAUUUAUACUGAUCCAGUAUAGUGAAUUGGCUUUCAAUUGAUUUGACUUUGCAAAAGCAGAAAAGACGAUCUGUAGAAUUGCAUUUUGUUAUGUAAGAAGAAGGAUAUUUACGCUGAUUCAGUACGUCUGUCUGUCUGGGGAGGAUCUCACACUGAUGUGGACAGUGAUUAGGAGUUGUACCUUGAAGAAGAACGUUUACGUUGUGGAGAGUUGUGGAGUAUAGUGAAUGAAAGGGUUUUCAGAAGGAAGAAAGAGAUGAUUGUUUUUGCUAUUGUGUGGUUGGAGGAACAAUGACUGGGUGGUCAUUGGGUCUUCGGACAGGAAGCGAUGGAUCGUUGCAGCAAUUGGCACAAAAUGGAGUUUACCACUCUCAGAAUUCGUUUUUCUCGCGUAAAGGUUCAAAGACAUCACUUUCUGGUUUCAGGGAAAAGGAAAAAUGGCUUCCCUCUAUUUGCAGGUUUUUGGUACGAAAGCAGGUUGGAAUGCUGAUUUUGGUUGUAUUUGCACUCUUGGCUUUUGUUGUAGGAUUUUCCAUGGUUAAUAAAGAUGAUGCAUCUAGGGAUUCCAAAUUGGACUUCAAGGAGAGGUUCGAAAACAACACAUAUCAUGUAUCUGCAUUAUUAACCAGGAAGGUUAUGGUAUGCGGUGAGAAUAAGGCCCAGCUGCCUCCUCCCCAUGCUUUGGCUAUGAUACAGGCUAAAGAUUUCACUGCUUUUCCCCAUCCUUGUCAAAAUUUUGCAUUUCCCCCUCCUCCACCUGGUGAUAGUAGGCGAAUUGGGCCUCGGCCAUGUCGUGUAUGCUACGUUCCUGUGGAGCAAGCAAUAGCUCGUAUGCCUAGAGUUCCGUCAGCUUCACCGGGGCUUCAGCAUUUAACUUAUUUCCACGAGCAAAUUCCCAUCAAGACUGAACCUCACGGGGGUUCUGCAUUUGGUGGGUACCCUUCUUUGGUGGAGAGGAACAUGUCUUUUGACAUAAAAGAGUCAAUGACGGUACAUUGCGGAUUUGUCAAAGGUUGUAGACCUGGUGAUCGGACGGGGUUUGACAUCAAUGCAGCUGAUCUAAAGAAGAUGGAGAAAUAUCAUGACAUCAUUGUUGCAUCAGCCAUAUUUGGAAAUUAUGAUGUAAUUCAACAGCCAAAGAACUCGGGUAAAAUUGCUCAAGAAAAUGUUCCCUUUUAUAUGUUUGUUGAUGAAGAGACAGAAGCAUCCUUGAAGAAUUCUAGCCUCUUGGAUAGCAGAAAUAGGGUUGGUUUAUGGAGGAUUAUUCUUGUUCGCAAUGUGCCUUAUUCUGAUGCGAGACGCAAUGGGAAGGUACCUAAGCUCCUACUGCAUAGGCUCUUCCCUAAUGUCCGCUAUUCUAUUUGGAUAGAUGGAAAGCUUCAGCUCGUUGUGGAUCCCUACCAGAUUCUCGAGAGAUUCUUGUGGCGCCAGAAUGCUACUUUUGCUAUUUCAAGACAUUAUAGACGGUUUGAUGUCUUUGAAGAAGCUGAAGCUAAUAAAGCUGCAGGGAAGUACGAUAAUGUAUCCAUUGACCACCAAAUUGACUUCUAUAAGAAAGAAGGUUUAACUGCAUAUUCGGAGGCUAAGCUUCCUAUUACUAGUGAUGUUCCUGAAGGAUGUGUUAUUAUGAAGGAGCAUAUUCCCAUCACAAAUCUCUUCACCUGUCUGUGGUUCAAUGAAGUCGAUCGUUUUACCUCAAGGGACCAAUUGAGCUUUUCCACUGUUAGGGACAAAUUGAUGGCAAAAGUUAGCUGGAACGUCAACAUGUUUUUGGAUUGUGAGAGACGGAAUUUUGUAAUACAGGCAUACCAUAGAGAUUUACUGGAGCAGAGGGCUCACAUGACAGUUUUGAGAAGUCAUCCUCCACCCGCUUUGGUUCGUGAUAAAUCUGUUCGUGAUAGUUCUACUAGUAAAUCUCCAGUAAGGAGACCUCCAAAGCACGGAAAAGGUGAAAGGAAGUCUAAUUCAAGGCGACAUCGGAGAGCUGGGUCUGGGAAUAGGGGAAGCAGUACAACAAUUUGAUUUUCUUUCCCUCCCUCCCUCCCUACCUUUUGCUCCCCUUCCCUUUUUGGGCUGCAAAAAGAAAAGAAACUAUUUUUUCAACGAAUUUGUUCCUCACUAUUCAGCAAAAGGUUAGGACAAUUUUGAUAUAGGUACUUACUUGUCCAAUGGGAGAAGAAAGAAAUUAGUUCUGCUUUUGUUUGAGGUUGUGAAUAUCAAUUCAAUUGUAGAUAUCACUAAUUGAAAUAACAGGCUGUUCACUUUCUUGUUUUGUAGA